GUUAAUUUAGGCUAUACUAGGCCCACUAUUCAAAAUUGUUUGGCCCGAAUCGUCUCCAAUCUCACGCCACCGGUUCCAAUCGCCUACCCUCUCGUCUCUCUAUCCCUUCCUUGGCCAUAUAAAAUCUAUCGUCGUCGCCGGAGCUCCGAUCUUCACCAUCCGACAAUAUGUCUCUUUCCGAUGAUGAAGACGAGUGCUUCGCUCGGUUCCUCGAAUCAGAAGUCUCAUCGGUAGAGGAUAAAGAAGAAACGAAAGAACCUGAAACUAAACGACAAUGUCUUGAGAAAGACAAAACAAACGUUAUAGAGAAGGAUGGAGAUCAAAAGGAAGAUGGUAACAAGGACAGAAAUGGUGCAAAGAGAAUAGAGAGUGGAGCUUUCAGCAAAGUACCUACAGAGAUAUUUCGUCAUAUCUUCAAGUUCUUGUCAUCUGAGGAUCUUGUGUCGUGCUCUUUGGUGUGUAAAUUUCUCAAUUUUGCAGCCUCUGAUGAAUCCUUAUGGCGUCGCCUGUACUGUAUUCGUUGGGGUAUAAUGCCUACAACUAGAAGGUUACGUGAAUGCGCUUGGAAGAAGCUUUACAUCGAUCGGGACGAGAAGGACAUGAUUGAACUUGUUAGAAGCUGUCCGGCGGAUUUUAAAGAGUAUUACAUUCAAAUGCAAGCAGCAAAGCGGAGCCAAGCACCUCUUCCAUCUGAGAUGGUGGAUGACCGGAUAGUUCUUGACAAAACUGUACUUGACCAAGUAUCUCUGUGGAAGAAAAGCAAGGGACUUACCAAUAAGGUUGUAAUGGACCAUGUUUGUUUAGGAACAAAAUGUGAUUACCAUCAGAUUGACGACGUUUUCAUAUGCCAAGAGACGGGACAUGUUCAUGUAUGCGAUGAAAACUGCAAGGAAGUAAUAUAUUGUCCGGACAGUGGGAACAUGGUGUGUACUAUCUCAGGGCUUUGUUCUGAUAAUUUGCUCAUAGAAGCUGAUUCAGACUCAGACGAGGAAGAAGCUGAACAAGAAGCUGAAAUAUUAACAGAAAAGGGCCGUUUUGAUCGAGCUUUUGAAUUUGGAUACAACUGCGAGAGUGAGCGAGAAUUAGAACGUACGUUUGGGUUCUGCUGAUCAAAAGUCUCAUCCUUUUCGUCAAAUUUCAUCUCUAUCUCUCUAACUCUUGAGUCUGCCUGUGUUGUUACGGUUACACAUCUAUGGAGUGCAAUGACUCAAGAGAAGCUCUUGUUAUCUUAGUUGUCUCUUAGCUUUGUAACGUAUCCAGAUAUUUGUCUGUAAUAUGCUCUAUUGUCCUUAAAAAAAGUGUUGCAUCUAAGUUCGUUCCAACUUUUA